UGAUACCUCCCUAGGGAAAUUCCCAGUUUGGCGCAGUAACCAGACGAAGUCCAUGUAUUUUGUUUAAGACGAUGUCUCAGAGUAACGAUGGUCCACCCGAAAGGGACGUGAAGGACUUCAGGUUCCAGCAACUGUGUAAAGUGCGUGUGUCAGCACCGCUCGAUGAAGUCCGCACAGAUCGGUCACAAUGGAUUGCCACAAGCAACAAGUUCGGUCUGAUCUUUGUUGGCCUCAAGGAUGGCUUUAAAGUGUUGAAGACAGCUGACAUUUGUCAUGUUGAUGGCGUCAAUGCAAGGGACCGAAGCACUGCCGUCAUCAGCGACUUCCCGUUCUGGUCGUCAGUGACGAUGACCAACCCCAUCAGCCACCUGGCCCUCAGCUGUGAUGAACUGACACUGGUGGUCGUGAUGAAGGAAUGUGGCAACCUGAUGCUGUGUAUGUACGAUGUGCGCCAGUUCGCGGUCAAGACGGACAGCUCUGUGGCGUUUGCCCGAUGUCGCCUUAACGCAUCCCCGGGGUCGAGUCUGCUGGACAUCAUGUGGAACCCCCUGGACCCCACACUGCUGGCGGUGUGUGUGUCAGAUGGCAGUGUGGAGCUGAUCAGAGUCACCAACACGGUCCAAACCGUCGGAUCUCUGCCUGUGUCAAGCAAUGCCUCUUGUUUGAAUUGGAGUCCUAAAGGGAGACAACUCGUGAUUGGAAGGAAGGAUGGUACGAUGAUUCAGUUUGACCAGGAGAUGAAGGAGAAACGCAGUUGGCCAAUGCCCAGCAUCCUGGCCACCACUCACCAAGUUGUGGACGUGACAUGGCUGUCAACCUAUGUGUUCCUGGCAGCGUAUCUUCCCAGCACAGCGGAGAGCUCAGACCAGCCACAAGUCCUGCUCACUGUCUCAUCUAAAGAUGGGCCGACAUCAUAUGUGAACUUUGAGGAUGUGUGCUACGGCUCCGGGGAAGACAGGAGACACAAGUACUUCUUCAUGUUCCUGGCAAAAUGGGACAUGGUGGUGUUGUCGUCCAGCAAUGCAACAGAAGCUGCAGUGGUUGCCAAGCAUCCUGAUGGGGGACCGACAUCGGUGUGGGAACAUUGGACACUGGAGGAUUCUGGACGAGCUGAGCUGCCUCUGACUGCAAACCACCUGGACUCUUUCCCCAUGGGUGUGACCCUCACCCUGGGGUGUCAGACACCGAUUACACUGGGUGAUAACAAGACUCAUCCCCCAAGCCCGAUCCUGUUGAUGUUGUCAACUGAUGGCCUCCUGGUGCCCUACUACCUGUUAAACCAUAACAAUGGUGCCCCCAGCCUCACUGUGCCCCUGGAGCAGCUCACAUCAACCGGGGCACGCACAUCUACAGACGCCCUCCAGCCUUCUACACCAGGAUCAGCCAUGUUGGGAGCACAGAAGUUGAGCCAACCUGUGUCGACCUUGGGUCAAGGGUCAACUCUGCCCAAGACAGGAAGCUCAUUCCAGUUCGUACAGAAGGCCCCCACUACGGCAUCAGACACUCCAGGAGCCUCCUUGUUCUCGCAGCCCAAGACAGGAUUGGACACACCAGGAGCAUCCUUGUUCUCGCAGCCAAAGCCAUCCUCUCUGCCGACCACUGGCAGCUCUUUCCAGUUUGUGACGAAGCCCAGUCAGCCGACACCUGACAUGCCAGGUCGCCAGGCCUUCACACCAGUCGUCACUCAGGUAGCCAAUGUGACACCUGCCUCCGGCAGUCAGAAAACAGGGAUGCCCUUCACGCCAUCAUCCUCUGGGGCACCGACAGCCUUCUCUCCUGCCACCACCAAAGUACAGGUGCUCUCUACACCCUCCAUUGGCACCAAGUCUGUGUUCGGGGGAAACACAGGAGCACUUGACCUUGGUGCAACCAAACCUGAUGCAGAAAAAGCAGCGACAUUGCCGUCUUUUGGGUUCAGCACCGUGCCGUCCACGACUUCAUCGAACACUGCUGGAGGGGUCAGUGGGUUCGGUCAGCCAGCGGGCAAGUCCAUGUUUGGGGGAUCUACAAGCUUUACCGGUUUCGGUUUCCCCAAGCCUCCACCUACAACAGCCCCAGCUACCUCUGCUGCAGCUGCACCGACUGCAACAUCGACACCAGCUGCUGCUCAAGGUGUAACAUCAGCAGGAUUUGGAGGGAACACCUUCACUAAACCCACAGAAUCUUUAGCACAGAAAAACUCAACAGGGGGAUUUGGUGGGUUUACCAUGGGUCAGACUGUCACACCCAUCCCAGCCCCGGGGCGGUCUCCCCCGUCACAAGCCCCACCCUCGCUCCCACCAAACUCACUACCCCAAGCCUCUAGUAAAGCAGGUGUGACGCUGGGAGUAAAGAGAGACAUCGAGGAGGAGGCAAGGCAGUCAGAGGAGGAGGCACCACUACCGCCACCGUACGAGAAACCCUCGGUGAAUGAGACAGUGGAGAGUACGUUUACCAGGUCCAUCAUGGAGGAGAUGCAGCACUUUGAGAAGGAGCUGCAUGAUCUGAAGCUGAGGUCAGGCAACAGUCUGAAGGAGGUCGGCACCAGGAAGGAGAUGCUGGACCUGAGACGAGCAACAGAGGACAUGGCCAAGUUCUGCCACGACAUCAAGGAGAAUACCAAGGAGCAGAGCCGUGAAGUCCACGACCACAAGUCGCUGUGUCUGGAGCUGUUUGCGAUGGCGGAGGAGUGCCGGGUGCGUCAGGAGCGCAACGAUGACCCCAAGUACCACAAGCUGUUGAGGUCACGGGCCCUGGACCCAGCCAGUGCUGAUAAGCUGAAGCAGCUCCAGGCCCAGUAUCAGGCCCAGAGUCAGGGCCUGGUUGAGGUCGACCUGAUCCUGGACCAACAGUGGGAGGAGCAUCAGGACCGGAAGAAGGCCAUCAAGGGGAGACUGCAGGCCCCGACAUCGGACAUGGUCUACCGCGCAGUGAAGAGCAACCACAACCUGAUCCACACUCAGAAGACGCAGCUGGAGAAGCUGCAGGAGAACCUGAAGAACCUGCAGCUGUACAACCGCUCGGCAGACUGGCAGAACAUGUCCAUGUUCCGGACAGACACCUCCAGAUCCCCGGACAUCACAUCCCUGGUCAACUCGCUGGGGAGGGGGAGUGCCCAGCCCGGACUUUCCCUGGCAGGAUCUGUGUCCCCGGAAAAGACUGCACAGCUGAGACAGUUCCUGGCCCAGCGAACUGUACCCCGCAUCAGAUCAACCAAGCCAGGGAAUCUGUCCAUGUCGAGGAUCGUAGCAGCCAAGGGACUCCGGGAGAAACUGGAGGAUGUUCGAAGUCCCCGAUCCUCCCCUGGUGGUGACCAGACCACGCCCCUUCAGCUGGUGCGCCCUAGAGAGGAGUAUUCUGACCCCACAGGAGGCCGCACAAGGUUCCUACCGACCGGUCAGGGCAACUUAAAGAAGCUCCCCCCUACCAACAACAAUGCCAUCUCACAGGCGAGAUCUCAAAGUGACCUUCACCCUGCCAGAAGUGUACAAAUAACAGCAGCCAUGAAGAACAACAACAGCAGAACUGACUCGCAGCAAAGGGGCUUCGGGGGUCUGGAGCCUGUCUACAGGAACACAGGUCGUGGAGUGAGCUCGGAGGAGCUGACGUCGGCGAUGUUGCGUAUGAAGGAGACUCUGACUGCGACAUACUCGGGUGGGGGUCAGCAUCCAGACGUGGAGGACAUCUCCCCCAGCUUCACUCCUGAGCUAGAGAGUGAUGAGCAAGAGGGUCUCACAGAGGAGGAUGAGGGGGAAUAUGAUGACGAGGAGGACGAUGAUGAUGAGGAAGAGGCUGGAUUUGGUGUAGAGUACUCCCUGGAAUCCCGAACAGACGCAUCUGGGGACAACGAGCAGAACCAGCACAAGCAUAGAGGUUCUGCCGGCACCCCUCUGUCGUCCCUGCACUCAGCUGUUCCCACAGAUCAGAAGGCUGGAGUCAGCAAGAACCUAUUUGGUGGAUCAAAGACCUUCAUCUCCGAUCAGCUGUCGACUGGCAAGCUCUCCACAAGCACUCCAGCCAUGAUGGCUAAACAGCCCAGUAAUACACCACCAGUCCCAGCUUCAGGCUUUGGGUUCAGCACCGAGCUGGGAGCGUCAGGACUCGCUGGCAAAUCUUUGUUUGGGUCUGGAUCUGCUGGAGAUCCCAGAGUGAAAACACCAGACGUUGAUGCAUGUGCUGAAGAUGAGGCUACGGCAGGCAAGAUCCAGGCCAAGGGUUUCAGCUUCUCGACAGCCCCUUCCACCACUGCAUCCACAACAACAGCAUCCACCGCCCCAAGUGGGUUUUCCUUCACUGUGCCAGGGGGGAACGCUACUGCCACCAGUGGUGCCGCUGCUGCCGGGGGAUUCUCUUUUGGUGCCAACAGUGGCAUAUUUUCCAAGCCAUCGACUGAGACAGAAAAGCCACAGUCAACAUCAUUCUCAGCGUUUGGGGGAGGGACAUUCGGUGGUAAGAGUGACACCACCACCACUACCACUCCCAGUGUCACAUCUUCUGUCUCAGCAGCGGCAGUGACAGCAGCCCUCAGCAGCAGUCUACUGGCUGCCCUAACUGAUACUUCCACAACAUCCACAUCAGCAGCGUCUGUAACUGCGUCUGCUGCACUAGGGAGCAGCCUGCUUGCAGCGCUGACUGACGCUUCGUCUACUGCACCCCAGGAAGCUGCCGCAGCUCUCAGUAGUUUCAGCUUCAAGCCUGGUGACUCUCCGUCACAGCCCACUCAACAAGGCAACACCUCACUGGCAGUCAGCGGCGCCACUACAACAGUAUCUACAUCGGCAGAUACACCCGCCACAGCUGUUACUGCAGCAGCAUCAAACCUGUUCGGCUUAUCUUCUGGUGGAUUUGGUCAGCCGGCCAAGUUUGGGGGUAGUCCUCCAGGUGGCGCCACCACAACCACCACGACUGCCCAGUUUGGGGGCAGUGCAGGGGUGUUUGAUUCUACAGGCCCGACAUCGUUCGGCGCCCUGGCUACUACUACCCAGGUGUCCAGCACUGAUGACACAACAACCACCUCGACAACAUCAGCCACGGUCACCAAGUCCUUGUUUGGCACUACACCCACAACUUCAGCAAGCACCGCUGCCUUUGGACAAACAGCAACAGCAUCAACUGAAGCAGCAGCAACUCCAUCCCAAGCGGCUGCAACAACAACAACAGCAGAAUCUACUGGUUUUGCAUUUGGUAGCUCAUCUUCCACCACAUCUAUAUUUGGUGGGAGCUCAGCAGCCAAUACUUCAUCGGCAUUUGGUGGCGGAACAGCCACGACAGGAGUGUUUGCAUCAUCCACAGCUACUACAACAACUCCAUCUGUCUUUGGGACUACAGCGCCAGGAACAGCCACGUCAGGGUUUGGGUUCGGACAAAAUACAACAGGGUUUGCCAAACCAAGUUUUGGCCAGUCGCCAGGUUUUUCCCAAACAUCAAGUUUUGGCGGGGGUUCUGGAGCUUUUGGUGCUGGAGGUUCUGUGUUUGGUCAAACAGCGACCACCACAAGUUCUUCUGCAUUUGGUCAAUCUACAACCACCACCACUGCCAGUUCUGAGGCAGUGGUGUUUGGUGGGGGAGGAGGAGGGCUGUUUGGGGGUCUUGGUGGGAAACCCAGUGCAGAUAAAGCAAAUAAAAACGUGUUUGGGGGAGGGACAUUUGGCACCACCGACAACACCCAGAACACUGGUCUCUUUGGCAACGCUGGAUCGACAUCUUUUGGCGGCAAGUCCGAUGGAGGGUUUGGGUCUGGAGGCGGAUUCAGUGGCGGAAGUGGCGUGGCAGCAACAGGGUUCGGUGUUGGGCAGAGUACACAGGCACCUGCAGGGUUUGGGGGUCAGCCCUCAUUUGGUGGGAGUCCGUCCCUGGGUACUUCUUCGUUCGGUGGAGCACCUUCAUUUGGCAGCCCAGGGGGAGGCUUUGGGACCUCUGCAGCGUUUACCAGCCCGGUCGGCACCACUGCAACAUUUGGUUCAGCUGGGGGACAGGGUGGCUUUGCCAGUUUUGCCAGUGGGAACAGUCCAACAUUUGGAAACAUAGCUCAGUCCAGUGCACCAUCAUUUGGUAACCUAGCAACAAGUACAGGAGGAGGCUUCGGUGCAGCCGCAGGAGGAUUUGGGAAUACUGCAGGGGGAUUUGGGAGUCCAGCAGGAGGAUUUGGGAGUCCAGCAGGAGGAUUUGGUAGCCCUGCAGGAGGUGGAUUUGGAGCAACUCAACCCACUGGUGGAUUUGGAGCAACUCAACCCACUGGUGGAUUUGGUGCCACACAGCAAGGGGGUGGAUUUGGUGCCACGCAGCAAGGAGGUGGAUUUGGAGCCACACAGCAAGGAGGUGGAUUUGGGAGUCCUCAGCCUGGAACUGGGGGAAACUUUGGGUCCAGUCCACAGUUCACCAGCUACAGAGGCUAGACAGGAUGUACAGAUGUGUGUCUCACGUGACUGCAUGCCUACAAGUGGGAUAACAGAGACUGCAAGGAUAUGUUUUGGACCUACUUCUAUUACAGUCAAUGUGAAAUGUUGAAAUGAAUUUUCUACUGAAAUAAAAAGAUUAUUAUGUUAAA